CACAAAAGUCCUAUUUAUACUUAAAGAAUUUCGUGUUUAAUUUAUGAUUAUUUUUGUUUUCCUUUUACCAGAUCACAAACCUAAGGACCUAUAAUGAAAGCCUUUCCCGUUCAAUAUGCAAUAGUUAACCUAUACUGUACAGUUGCACAGCUAAACAAAGAUAUGCUCCGGUAAGUCGUCUGACACUUAACAGGAAAAUGACGCCAACUCGUCUGACACUUAACAGGAAAAUGACGCCAACUCGUAAUUGGGAAGAGAUGAGGAUUUUUGGGGCGUACGUGUCGCACCGCCACACCGCACCGCCGACCUACUUGAUUGAACGCACGUGCCGCAGAUGCUUACACGCAGUAUAGCAUUUCACAGACGCUUUUCAUCGGAUGUGAGUCAUUUCGGCACAACAACACCCACACAACCGCUGAGAUGCUGUUCGGCAAAGAGGUUGCUUAAACCCAUUAGACGUGAUGAAAAAAUCCGGUUUCUUAUUCCAUAAGAUUUGGCCUGGCAAACGCCGCCUUGUUUCCUGUUUGACGACAUUUGUCUCAUUGAAACUGUCUGCUGUAGCAAAACCAGAAAUCGGGUGCAUGUCGUAGGCAGGUAAGAAUGCUUGCAAAAGACUUGGCCAUCUUGACGCUACCGAUCAAAUAGCUGUUGAUCCGACGAAGGCCAUCCAGUUUUCUUUCGCCCGGCAACAAACUUAGACGCAACAACGGCGCACUUUCAAAUACAACAGCUGUGCAUGGGGGCUGAUAUUUGAUUCAGCUCAGUUUGGCGUGAAAGAAAAAAAAGGCAGACGUUAUGGGGUACUUGGGUGACAUUGAGCGGCUUCUCGUGCGACGUUUUUCUCAGCAACGUUCAGUUAAAUUAGUAAUGGUGGGGCUGGCCGUGAUUGGUCUGUGUGUUUACGUGCUACAUACCGUUGAUGUGCAUCAUCGACCCAGAGGAAAGCCUUUUCGUGAUGGCUAUGGAGGCCCAUUUAAAUCAGUUUGCAGUCGCCAUGCUGAUCGGAGAGGUGCUCAUCAACAAAUCAUUGCCUAUUCCAUUUUUGGUAAUUUUUCAGCGCCCGGCUUCGCCAAUCAGUAUUUGAGAUUUUUAAGGGAAACACUCAACAGCGUCCCCUUGGCUUAUCCAGGCUGGGUGGUGAGGAUUUAUCACAAUCUAACGAUGGACGACAAUGACGGAUGGAAAGUCCUUGAGAACACCAUAGAUUUCGGAGACCACAUCGAUUUAUGCAAUGCAACUGAACUAAUCAAGAAACUCAAGUUAGCUGACAUUUUUGCCAUGACCUGGCGCUGGUUACCGUUGCUGGACGACAUGGUAGACUCGUUGAUGUCCCGAGACACGGACAGUGCGAUCAUAAGCCGUGAACAGGAUGCCGUUCGUGAAUGGCUGGCAAGCAACCGAACUUUUCACAUCAUGAGGGACAACCCUAAACACCGCAGAUUUAUGCUCGGAUGUUGUUGGGGUGUGAAAAUCAGCCAAAAUCGUUUCAAAAUCGCCGAUGCAGCGCAGAAAAUGUUCCACCAAGAUCAUCGGCACGUCUAUGACUACGACCAGAAAUUACUGGACAGAUUACUUCGGCCGCUAGCCACCACCAGCAUGAUGGCCCACGAUAGCUAUUCCUGUGAGAAGUUUCCUGAUACCAGGCCGUACCCUACGCAAAGGAAGGAUGGCCUAUUCGUCGGCGGACGCAAGUUCCAGGGAGUACAACUGAACAUUCCAUGCCCACUCAAAUGCCGGCCAGCAAAUGCCACAUCAGAGUGGACCUAUUGCUGAGGAAAGAAUAACACAAAAGGUAAAUUCAUUACAAACGUCGUUCACUAAAAGUUGCGUGGCUUGCGAAAGGGCCACAUCACCUGUGUGCAAAAAAUCAUUGCAAUUAAACUGGACGGAGGGGCAUCUUCUCAACGGCGAUGAUUGCUCGUCGCGUUCAAGAAUGGCGCAACCGCGGACGUACUCUUCGGCAAAUAAAUUGCUUGAAUCCCAUACGCGGAUGUUGGUGUGAUUCCUAUAACGCAACACACGUUUAACGCGUAUACUUUUUAAUAAUCCUAAUUCAGGUGUUUUUUUUAAUGAUAUAACUAACUAGAGUAAACGCCGAGCAACCUC